AGUGAUAUUGAAUUUGUAAUAAUGGUUAUAUUCAAUUACUGGAUUGUUAAUCUGUGUUAAAUAAAUGUUCAAUGUCCUCUGUCUUCCGAACGCGGAUGUCAUAGCCGAAGUCCUAGCUGACUCCUGACUAAUAUAUAAUAAAUUAAAAUGGAAACUCCUCAAAGAACUUGGUUUAUGGGUUAUUUCGAAGAAGAAAAUACAUAUUCCGUCAUUCCUAAUAAUUGGAUUUAUCAUCAAAAUAAUGUUGUCUAUUGUAAAUGGCUCAGAAAACAAAAAGUCACAAAAAACAUGUUAAUUGAUUCUGUAGAACCAUCCAAUAACUGGUUAUUGUAUCCUGUUAAGUUCGUGGAAGGCUUUUGUUUCGAUAAUUACGAUGAAGCUGCUAAAAAGGAAAGAGAAAUAUUCCUGUCAGCAUCUGAAUCGGAACAUAUUAAUUAUAAAAUAAGCAAUUCUAAAAGUUGUUCUUCUAGAAAACUUUUUGAUACUAUUGACAAUAGUGACAGCAGUAAUGAUGAUGAUCCACCAAUUAAAAUUAUGAAAAAAUAUAAUGAAACCAAAAGUAUAGCAAAUAAUUCAUUAAUUGAUGUUCAAAAAGAAUCUUAUAGUUGCAGUGUUGAAUCAAAUUCAUCUAUAUCAAUGGGACCCAUGUCUUCUUUCGUUAGUAAUGAUAAACAUUCUAAACAAACAUUAGAAAAAUCAAGCAAAGCGAAAACUUUACCAGCUUCAUUAUGUAGCAAUCAAGAAAUAGUAUACAAUGUUGAACAAAGUUCAAACAUUUCUCCAGGACCUCCUGUACAAAUUUCUAGCAGUACUUAUGUAUCAUCUGCAAUGAACACGUUGCCCACACAGCACGAUAAUAUUUUUUAAACGUUUAUUCAAUAUUGAACAUUAAAUGUCAAAUAUUUAUUAUUAGUUGA